AUGCAGGUGGAGAUUCUGUUACGGAUGCCUCUGAAAACCCUAGCGAAAGCCAUCUGCGUCUCGAAGAAAUGGGCAUCCACAAUCCGGUCCAAACACUUCAAAGAUCUCUACUUGCUCCAAUCCGCGAAAAGGCCACGAGCGUUGUUCGUCUACUUUGCCAUUGGAUCCGACGCGUUGCUACGCUCUGUUUAUCAGGAGGAGAAACCCUUGUUUUCGUCUGGUCAACAACAAAUGCUGGUGAGUAUUGAUCGAGAAGCAGAUUAUGUGUUUUCUCAUCCCGUGAGAGGUUUGGUUUGUCUUCAAUGGGGAGCCAAGACUGUGAUUUGCAAUCCGGGUGCGAGAAAGAUUCUGACUUUACCAGAGAUCCAAAAACGUACAGUUGCAGAUUGGGGCACAGCGGCCUAUCUCGGAUACGAUGAGGUCACAGAUGUAUACAAGGUUUUGUGUAUGCGAGUGCAAGAAGCUAAGGAGUGUCAAGUUUUCACGGUGGGAUCGGGUGGUGAUGAGUCGUGGAGAUGGAUCAUAUGUAAGCAUCCUCACACACCACUCACAAACGCAAUAUGCAAAGGAGGAGUUUUGUACUAUGGGGCUUGGUACAGAGAUGAAAAACACUUCAUAGUGAGUUUCAAUGUGACGUCUGAAGAGUUCAACGUCAUAGAUUUGCCUGAGGGAAUCAAAACUGAUGCUUAUUCCAACAUGGUGAAUUACAAUGGGGAAAUAGCCUUGGUGAAUGAAACUGCAGGAAAUUGGAGGACAAACCGGAUCGAGGUUCAUCAUUGGGAAGAAGAAUCUGCUGGAGAUCUAACAUUUUGUUUCAGAGGUACUGUUGGAACAGGGGAGCUUGUUUUCACACCAGACUAUGAGCCUCAAGGACCAUUCUUUGUCUUGUAUUACGAUACAGUCACGAAAAAGCUCACAAGAGUUGAGAUCCAAGGAGUGGCUGGAACUGGGGAUCAUAUGGUUCGAACCUUCUUGGAUCAUGUAGAUAGUCCUUUGCUUAUGUAA